UCACACACAGACUGAGUGAGAUAGAGGAAAGGAGGGAGGGGGAGAGAGAAAGAAAGAAAGAUACAUAUUGUUAGUUCAUUCCAAGAUAAACUUUAUUCAAGGAACUGUCUGUAAGAUUAAGAAAUCGUAAGAAUAAAAUAUAGACUGAAUAGUAAACUUUCCUACAAUUCCAUCGGUGUUUUUAUUAGGUAGUCUAGUUUAACAAUAAAACCAGCUGGUGGGAGCAAGGUGUCCUACCCCCUGCCGUUCAAGUCUGCCACUCCCGAACCCUUUGCCCUGAGGCCUGAGCUCUGGGCAUCCAUGCCCACAGCCCCAUCUUACUGCGCUGGUUGACAGACACAGGGAUGAGCAACAGCGGGACCAAGGAGCCGUCACCACAGCCAGGCGUGGCCCAAUCACCUAACUCUACACCUCCACGCAGGGGCCGGGGUCGCCCACGGAAACAACAGGAGGAGCCCACUGGCCCCCCAACUCCAAAGAGGCCGAGAGGACGACCCAGAGGAAGCAAGAACAAAGGCCCUCGUGCCACACCCAAGGAAGUAGAGCCUGUCGGGGAGAGAAGACCAAGGGGCCGGCCAAGGAAAUGGCCUCAGAAAGUAGUUCCAGAAGUUGUCCAGGAACAGCAGGGUCCUUCAGAAGAAACCGAGGAGGGCCCCUCACAGUCACAGUCUUUACCCACUGAGGCUUCACCAUCUCACUCUCCAGCCCAGGAAGAAGCAGAGGGGGAAUAGACAAUGUGCCACAGUACUACCUCAAGGUUUGGGCAGAGACGAAGAGGUGUAUACUCUUAGAAAAAAAGGGUUCCAAAAGGGUUCUUUGUCUGUCCCCAUAGGAGAACCCUUUUGGUUCAAGGUAGAACACUUUUUGGUUCAAGGUAGAACAUUUUUAAGUUCCAUGUAGAACCUUUUGUGGGUUCUACAUGCAAACAAUAAGAGUUCUAUGGGGACAGCCAAAUAACCCUUUUAGGUUCUAGAUAGCACCUUUUUUUCUAAGAGUGUAUAAUCCAACCUCCACUGUCAUGAGGAUCUAAAACAACAGAUAAUAGCCCUGCUUUGUAGAACAGUAGGCCUGGUUGGGAUAUUGUGCCUGGAGUCUAUCCAGCCCUGAGGCUGGGUCAAUGAUGGACAUAGCUUUGGUCAGUUGAUUGAUUACUAAGGAUUUGGGCAAUGCGAGCAACAAUUCAGUUUGACUGCCCAAACCCUUUCUCAUGAACGAGAUUGGUUGAUGCUGUGUGUUUGUGUGUGCGUGCGUGCAUGUGUGUGAGCACGUACGUGUGUGCGUGUAUGUGGUGGUGGUGAUGAUGAUGAUGGUGGGGAAGGGUUUUCAAAAGAAAAGGAUGCAUUUCAAACAGCGACUACUGGGACAAGAGGCGUGGCCCAAUUUACGUUAUGUCUGUCCUGAUUGUGAUGAAACACAGGGAUAUUUUGUUAGAUAUAUAUUUGAAUGGGAAUAAAUUUUACAUUACCAUUAACAUGAGCAGAAAUAAGUCUAAACUCUACAGUGUCCAAUUGACAUGACAUCGGACAAUUAACAUGAGCAGAAAUAAGUCUAAACUCAACAGUGUCCAAUUGACAUGACAUCGGACCAUUAGCAUGAGCAGAAAUAAGUCUAAACUCAACAGUGUCCAAUUGACAUGACAUCGGACCAUUAGCAUGAGGAGAAAUAAGUCUAAACUCAACAGUGUCCAAUUGACAUGACAUCGGACCAUUAGCAUGAGCAGAAAUAAGUCUAAACUCAACAGUGUCCAAUUGACAUGACAUCGGACCAUUAACAUGAGCAGAAAUAAGUCUAAACUCAACAGUGUCCAAUUGACAUGACAUCGGACCAUUAACAUGAGCAGAAAUAAGUCUAAACUCAACAGUGUCCAAUUGACAUGACAUCGGACCAUUAACCUGAGCAGAAAUAAGUCUAAACUCAACAGUGUCCAAUUGACAUGACAUCGGACCAUUAACAUGAGCAGAAAUAAGUCUAAACUCUACAGUGUCCAAUUGACAUGACAUCGGACCAUUAACCUGAGCAGAAAUAAGUCUAAACUCAACAGUGUCCAAUUGACAUGACAUCGGACCAUUAGCAUGAGCAGAAAUAAGUCUAAACUCAACAGUGUCCAAUUGACAUGACAUCGGACCAUUAACCUGAGCAGAAAUAAG